AUGGCUACCUACGGAAAAAUUGGAGAGUUUGAUCCGGCAACGGAACUCUGGAACAAUUACAUCGAGAGAGUGAAUCAGUUCUACAUAGCAAAUGACAUUGCAGAUGCCACCAAGAAGAGAGCAAUCCUGCUGAGCUCAUGUGGAGCCAAAGCCUACCAGCUGUUGAGAGGUUUGUCAAAUAACGAUCCUGCUUCCAAAUCUUAUGACCAGCUAGUACAAUUAAUGAAAGAUCAUUUAUAUCCCACUCCCAAUUCGAUAGCUGAGAGAUUCAGAUUCAACACUCGUGAUAGGCAACCUUCUGAAACAAUUUCCCAGUACUUGGCAGUUUUGCGUCGACUCAGUGAACAUUGUGAGUAUGGAGAAACACUGGACGACAUGUUAAGAGAUAGACUUGUUUGUGGUAUUAAGGAGGAAAAAAUACAACAAAAGCUCCUGAGUGAGAAAGACCUCACCUUAGCCAAAGCCCUACGAAUUGCAUGUUCUAUGGAAUCAGCAGCAAGCUACUCCAAAAGCAUUCUCCAACAUCAAGCGACAGGCAACAUUUCAGAGAGUGUCCACGCUUUGGAGAGAGCCCGAGACAACCCAGGGAGGGAUUGCUAUCGAUGUGGAGGGACAAAACAUACAGCAGAGGCAUGUCCAUUCAAGGAUGCUGAAUGUUAUUAUUGCCACAAAAAAGGACACACCGUUAAAAAAUGUCGUCAAAAGAAACGAAAUGAUGAGAAAUCCAGACCACCCCGGAAACCAAUAAACCAACUGGAGUCCGAACAUGAAGGAAAUGUUUACAAAGAAACUGUUGAACAGUCCGAUAUGUUUAACCUGUAUAAAUUAGAAGGGAGCAGAGUUGAACCGCUUUUUGUAAAUGUCAGUAUUGAAGGAAAAACCAUCAAGAUGGAGGUCGAUACCGGUGCAUCGAUGUCGGUGAUAAGUGAAAAAACAUUACGGAAAUGCAUUCCAGAGUUGACCAUCCAGCCUAGUAACUUAAAGUUAAAAACUUUUACAGGGGAAAUCAUAACACCCUUGGGAUCAGCUGCUGUAAACGUUGAACACCAAAAACAGAAAUACACACUGUCAUUGACUAUCGUACCCAAGGAAUCUCCUUCAUUGUUAGGUCGAGAUUGGCUAAAAGUAAUCAAGUUAGAUUGGCCCAGUUUGUUCCAGGUCAAGCAUUCUAGCAAUACCAAUCUACAGCAAAUAUUAGUACAGCAUGCCGCCGUGUUUACGGAAAGUAUGGGAUUGCUGAAGGACUUUAGAGUCCAUAUUCCUGUGGACUCCUCUGUCGCACCAAAGUUUUGCAAAGCACGACCAGUCCCGUAUGCCUUAAAAGACAGGAUCGACACGGAACUUGAUAGACUUGUACAAGAUGGCAUAUAUGAACCAGUUGAAUAUUCAAGAUGGGCAGCCCCUAUCGUACCGGUAAAGAAAGAGGACGGUACUAUCAGAAUAUGCGGCGAUUACAAACAGACAAUAAACCAGGCUGCACCUUGUGACUCUUAUCCAAUUCCGCGAACUGAAGAUCUUUUCGCCUCAAUGUCAGGGGGUGAAAAGUUCACAAAGCUGGAUUUGAGUCAUGCAUACCAGCAAUUGGAGUUGGACGAGGAAACAAGAGAAUACCUCACAAUCAACACACACCGUGGCUUGUACCGCCCCACAAGACUUCAGUAUGGAGUACAUUCCGCCACCGGCAUUUUUCAGAGGGAAAUGGAUAGGCGACUCCGCCAUAUACCACGUACCAAAGUGCGAGUAGACGAUAUUUUAAUAUCUGGUAAGGAUGAUGAGGAACAUUUGAGAAAUUUAUCGUCAGUCCUGCAAGUGAUUGAAAGCUCUGGAUUGCGACUGAAGGAAGUCAAAUGCGUAUUUCUAGCAGAAGAGGUGACUUAUCUGGGUUACAACAUUACCAAGGAAGGAAUAUCGCCUUCACCAGAGAAGGUCAAAGCUAUAAGGAAUGCAGCCCCUCCAGAGAAUGUUACACAGUUAAAGGCUUAUCUCGGAAUGCUCAACUAUUAUAAUCGUUAUCUACCAAACCUUUCUGCAAUGAUUGAACCACUGCAUCGUCUGCUGAGAAAGGGGACAACCUUUCACUGGAAAACCGAACAAGAAAAAGCGUUUACCGAAUCGAAAGCUCUACUAUAUAAAGCACCGUUGCUGACGCAUUUUGACCCCCAACGUUCGAUCCUUGUGUCCUGUGACGCCUCUCCUUAUGGGAUAGGUGCUGUUCUCGCCCAUGUAAUGGAUGAUGGUUCCGAGAAGCCCGUAUGUUAUAUUUCACGGACUCUUUCUCCAGCAGAGAGGAAUUAUGCCCACAUUGAGAAAGAGGGUUUAGCCAUAGUAUUCGCAGUCAAAAAGCUUCAUCAAUAUCUUUAUGGACAGUCUUUCAGAAUUAUAACUGAUCACAAACCUCUUUUGGGACUAUUCGGACAAAACAAACCAAUUCCACCGCUUGCAGCUGCUCGUGUUCAGAGAUGGGCCCUCCUGCUGUCUGCUUAUAGCUACGUCUUGGAGUACAAACCAGGUGUUAAUCACGCCAACGCUGACUGUCUAAGCCGCCUUCCACUUCAAGCAGACAGUUCUGAUUACUCGAACAAUGAAAGUGCAAUUCACAUGAUGGACCUAGUGAAGGAUCAACUCAGCAUCGACAACCAAUGCUUGCUGUGGGGUUCUCGUGUCAUUAUACCAAGCUCGUUACGACCACAACUGCUUGGACAACUUCACCAGUCUCACCCAGGGAUCACUCGCAUGAAAAGUUUGUCGAGAAGUUUUGUGUGGUGGCCAAAGAUGGAUUCUGAGAUUGAGUUAACCGUCAAAAAUUGCAAAACCUGUGAAAUCCACCAAAAAAUGCCAGCUGCAGCACCAAUACAUUCCUGGGAAUACCCAAGCCAACCCUGGGAGCGGAUCCACAUGGAUUAUGCGGGACCGUUUUUGAACAAAAUGUUUUUGAUAGUUGUUGAUGCUUUUUCAAAAUGGGUGGAAGUAAUAGUCAUGAAUAGCUCCACCUCCACUGCGACUAUUGAGCAACUGCGCAAAAUCUUUGCCACGCAUGGCCUGCCUGGAGUUUGUGUUAGUGAUAAUGGACCGUGUUUCGCAAGCACUGAAUUUGAGCAAUUUAUGAAACGAAAUAACAUCAGACACAUUUUUUCUGCACCAUACCAUCCUGCUUCUAAUGGACAAGCAGAGAGAACCGUCCAAACUGUGAAAAACAGUCUUAAAAAGAUAGAAUCGAAUGGUCAAUCCAUUGAGACCAGAGUAAGCCGUUUGCUGUUCACGUACCGCAUCACACCACACACCACCACGGGCAGGUCACCUGCGGAACUACUGUUCAAUCGUCAAUUAAGGAGUGCCCUCCAUUUCGUUAAACCAGAUCUGAAACAGACAGUCAAGGGGAAACAGAUGGAUUCUGAGAAUCGAAGUCAUCGAUUGAAACCGCUGCGGCAAUUUCUAGACCAAGAGGAGGUACUGAUUAGAAAUUUUGGUCAAGGACCACGGUGGGUGAGAGGAAACAUUUCGAGAAAGAGAGGACCUGUGACAUACGAUGUUGAAGUGGGAGAGAAAAUCGUUCAACGCCACAUCGAUCAAAUGCGAGCUGCAACCGGCGAGAGAUUAGCUGAUUCAGCAAUGGUAGAGACAGACCCACCUCUGGCUGUGCUACCACAGUUUGAACCGUCAGAAGUUGACGAAACCGUUACUGAAAUCGAGCCAAGGGUCCAGUUACCUGUUCCUGAGACAUCUGAGCCGUUUGAAGACGUUGCAGAAGAUGUGAACAAGGACACCAAUUCUCGACCUGAACGAUCUCGCCGUUUACCAAAGCAUUUCGAGGACUAUGACUUGAACCGCAUUGUAUACGUUUAA